AUGCCGGCUCCUAGAAAGAAGAAAACGGGUGAGUUUCAUGCGAACGGACAUUCGCCAGCAGACUUUGCCCUGUCGCUGCAGUCUUCCUGCCUGGCUGCCGAAGGGGACGACUGCUGGCUGACGGCGCCCUCGCUCAGCCAGUCGCAGCUCGGCUUCGGCCCGGCCGUCUUUCUCUCGGUCUCGACGCAUCUGCUGGCCAAUCCGAACCUGAUAUCCCCUAGCCUCUUCAGGGCUGACAUCCUCCACGACAGCUCCGGCCUGUUGUUGGCUACUGACCAGGGGCGUGAGUCCACGGAAGCACCGGAGAAGGAUGGCAGGACAGUAGUACCGUCUCACUUUCCUGGAUUUGAGCUGGAUCGAGUGGUUGUCAGGAGGCUGAUACCCAGAAAUCCAAACCUGGACCCUACCCACGACCAGACAUGCCAUCUAUAUCAAAAUACAAAGACUAAUAGCAAAGAAGGAGAAAAUGGAGGAGAAGAAAAUAAAACAUCUCAUCUGGCUGUAUACUACCCUCAUGCAGCAGAAGAGAAAGAUAUACCAUUCUACCACCCAGUCGUCUGUGGAUUUGCCCUCUUAUACACCCACUCCAACAAGUCAGCCGAUGGAGGAACACUCUCCUUACACUUCCUCCCUUUCUCACAGGGCAUACCAACUACUAUAUCCAACCGACUUCACCGUACCCUGCUUAACCUCCUAGCCAUACAUAUCCGUCUUGCCUCUGGUCCAUCUGCAACCUCACACCCAAGUGGCACCCAACCAAGGCCGUUCAAGGAUAAUCUCAUCCCCCAGCACACCGUACAGAACACAUACACUAGACUAAAGACAAAGUACGCUCACAGCCUAGUCAAAAACUGGGUAGAAGUCACUGAGCCGUCGAAACAUGUCUUUGAAGACCUAUCCAUCGCUGCAUUCUUAAUUGAGCUAUGGAAUAUCAUGUAUCACCAACAACCCCUUUCCCCUUCUACCGAAGAAGUACAGAUAGUAGACACGCAGGUUGACGUGAUGAAGAGAGAUGCUCCCAAGAUGAGAGCCAACUUUCCUGGAUUUGUCGACAUUGCUUGCGGUAACGGAGUGCUAGUGUACAUUCUUCUAUCUGAAGGAUACCGCGGAUGGGGCUUCGAUGCUCGCUCACGCAAGACGUGGUCUAUCUUCCCUCCCUGGGUCCAGGAGCAGCUGAAGGAGAGCAUAUGUGUGCCGCAGCCAUACAAAGACGCGCUAGGCUACUCGGAAGAUUCAACUGUGUCCGGCCUGUUCGAGAGUGGUACGUUUAUCAUAUCUAACCAUGCAGACGAACUUACCCUUUGGACUCCCUUGCUUGGAGUUUUGUCAAAUCCUUCGCAACCCCUGCCUUUCCUCGCCAUACCAUGCUGUUCCCAUGGCCUGUCCGGUGCAAGGUACCGCUAUCCACCCCCCAAACACUCAAAAACACCGAAUGCAGGAGACGAGGAAGAAGAAGCGGAGAAUGGCCGUAUAGACCAUGACGAAGGAAGUCAGCACGGGCAGAAUCCUCAGCCACAGAGUGGUGAUUUGAAGGCUCUACGGGCCAAAAGGCUUGAAGCGCAGCAGAAUCCAGGCUCAGCCUCGUCUACCUAUGGCUCUCUGACGGCAAAGCUUGUCUGCAUCGCUGAGGAGGUAGGCUAUGAGGUCGAUAGGACGUUGAUGCGUAUACCUAGCACGCGGAAUAUAGGCGUGAUAGGAGGCUUGAAGGCAUGGCAGGCCACAACUCUCCGCCCUGAAACGGAGGACAUCGCAACCCACAUCGACCAGCUGAUGGAAGGGAUGAAGACUAAUGCUGGUAAACGUAGGGAGGAAGUCUCCAGGGUUGUAGAGCGGGAGACAAGUAGAGACGGCGGACUCGCCGUGUCCGCUCAGGCGUGGGUUGACCGGUCGAUGAGCUUGCUCAAGAGCCAGGGAAGAGGGAAGCUCCAUGGCUCCAGAAGUGAACACCAUGAUGAUUGA